ACGGCCUGCAGCCCCCGGCCCCCAGCCUUUCCCUGGAGCUCCUGGGACUCCCAGAGCUCAGCGCAGACCCAGAGGAAACAGCGAUGGUGGACCCCAUGGCAGAACAUGCAUGCCCUGAACCCCCCGACGGGGGCUGGGGUUGGAUGGUGGUGCUAGCUGGCUUCCUCCAGUCGGCACUGGUUUUCGGGGUGAUCCGCUCCUUCGGCGUCUUCUUCAUGGAGUUUGUGGGGUACUUCGGGGAACUGGCAGGGUGCGUCUCGUGGGUGACCUCCAUCGGGAUCGCCGUGCAGCAGUUGGGGGGUCCGGUGGGCAGCGCCCUCAGCACCCAGUACGGCGCCCGCCCCGUGGUGAUGGCUGGGGGCGUCCUCUCAGGACUGGGCAUGUUCCUGGCAUCCUUCGCCACCAGCCUGACCCACCUGUAUCUGAGCAUUGGGCUGCUCUCAGGACUGGGCUGGGCCUUGGUCUUCACCCCUUCCGUGGCUUCUGUGGCCCGGUACUUUGGCAAGCGCCGGGCCUUCGCCACGGGCCUGGCUGUCUCAGGGGCCGGCCUGGCCUCCUUUGCCUUCUCCCCACUCUUCCAGCUGCUGGUGGACACCUACGCCUGGCGGGGGGCCCUCCUGGUGGUGGCCGGCAUCUCCUUCAACCUGGUGGCCGCCGGGGCCCUGCUGCGGCCAUUGGAGCUGGAGGGCAACAAGGCAUCCAUGCCGGAGGCGGGGUGCCUGCAGCUGCCGGCCUUCUCCUCCCUCUGCCGGCCAGGCCUGGCCUGCCACGGGCCCUUCCUCCUGUUCUCUGCAGCCUUCAUCUUGGUGGAUGCCGGCUACUACGUGCCCUAUGUCCACCUGGUGCCCCACGCCCGGGAGCUGGGCUUCGACGAAUACCGAGCCGCCUUCCUCCUGUCCUCGGCCGCCAUGGCCGACCUGUGCGGCCGCGUGGUGGGCGGCUGGCUGGCCGAUCGCUUCGCCAUCCGCCUAGUCCACAACCUGACCCUCUGGACCAUCCUGACGGGCCUCUCCAUGAUGUUGGUGCCGCUGGGGCAGAGCUACUCCCUCCUGAUGGGCCUCUGUGUCUGCUACGGCUUCUUCGCCGGCGCCCUGGUGCCCCUCCAGUUCUCCGGCCUGGCGGAGAUUGUGGGAACGGGGCGCAUCAUGGAGGGGAUUGGACUCAUGCAAAUGCUGGAAAGUGCUGGCUCCCUCGUGGGGGCCCCUCUGUCCGGUUGGCUGCGGGACAUGACUGGGGACUACACAGCCUCUUUCAUUGUAGCAGGGGCUUUCCUCCUCGCUGGAAGUUUGCUCCUUUUUGCCCUGCCAAAUUAUUUUUCCUGCCCCAUGGACUCAACAACUGAGGAGGAGACCAGGGGGGAUCCUUGAGACUUUAGCUCCUGGGGGGUUGUCCUAGAGAGUCAGAUCAGAAGUGAGAGGUCAGCAGGAGGCAGAGCAGCGAGUACUGUAUACGGAGCCAGCCAAUAGGUGUCUGUUUCUUCGCUGACCAUCGUAAGACGGUUGGAGGAUGCAUAAGAGAUAGAAGGAGGAAGCUACCCAGUCCAGAUUCACUCCUCUUUGCAAACUGGUGUCCAGAGCACCCUAGAUCUUUCAGGCUAGAAAGGACCCCAAUGGUCCCCUAGUCUGACCUUUUGCAUGGCACAGAGAACUCCAGUCAUUCCUGCCUACAGCCCAUAUCUGAUGAUCGAGCUAGCAGUCUUGAUUUAAAAGGACAUGUGUGACGGAGAAGACGCCACCACUCUAGGGGAAAUUGGCCCCCCUAAUUAAUCGCCCUCCCCACGAAAAAUUUGCACUUGAUUGGCCGAGCUAGUGAAGGUCGUCUCCUCCCUUUGACCAUGUUUCUCUCUCUGUCUGUGCGUAACACAAUCGCAACCGGACGCCCUGGCUGAUCGGUUCCAAAUUUUCAGGGCAUGGUCGAGGCGUUGAUAGCUAGAACCCUGUUGAUUUAGGGGGAGAUUGGAAAACAAACUAACUGG